AUGGCGGAGGCAGAGAUCCGCGCGGAGCUCGCGGAGCUCCGGGCACAGAACCAGCGCCUGAACCAGGCGAUGGGGGCGAUGCAGCAGCAGGCGGCGCAGCAGCAGGACCUGGUCGCCGCUCUGGCCGGGCUGCCGCAGGCGCUUGCCGCGCUGCCGGGCACGGUCUCCGCCGCAGUGGAGGCGGCGGCGAGCCAGCACUCGAGGGCUCGAGGCAGCCUCAUCGACACGAAGGGGCUAGGCAGGCCCCUGCCGCUCAAGAACUCCGAGCAGGAGUUCGUGGCGUGGGCCCGGCGGACGGAGAACUUCGUGGCGAGCGUCUUCCCCGGCGCCCGCGAGGUUCUAGCGUGGGCCGUGGAGCUCGACCCGGGGACGGCGGCCUCUGCAGCCACCGUGGCGGCGAGCGGCGACCUGGACAUGGAGGAGGCCACCGCGCAGGAGUUGUCGGAGCAGCUCUACACGGUGCUGAUGAGCCUGGUGGAGGGCGAGAGCUUCGACAUCAUAGUAGGCUUGCUCCGGGAGAUCCUAUCUCCAGGGCGAGCGAAGCUCGCCGAGCUCCAGGGAGCCGUCGAGCGCCUGGAGGAUCUGAUGCGCCGGUACGCCCUCCGGCGCGACGCGCGGACCGGCGAACGCCACCACCUUGCAGAGGACAUCAGGAUGGCGGCGUUAGAGGCGCUGCUCCCAGAGGACCUCGAGAAGCACUGCCAGCUUCAGAGGGCCCGGCUGGACACCUACGCGAAGUUGCGCGAGGAGGUGAUCCUGUACGCCGAGGCGCGGGGCUAUGUCGCGCCCAAGCUAGGCCAGGUAGGGAGGCCGCAGGAGAGCAGGAAGGACGACCCGAUGGACGUGGGCCAGUUCAACAAGGGACAGAAGCAGCAGUUGAACCUCAAGCAGUGCUGGAGCUGCGGGAAGUCGGGCCAUAUCAGUAAGGACUGCUGGAGCAAGCCGCAGCAGUGGCAGCAGCAGCAGCAGCAGCAGCAGCACCAACACCACCAGCAGCAGAGCAGCAAGGGCAAGAGCAAUGACAACAAGGGCAAAGGUAAGGGCAAGUACAAGUCCAGGGAUGCCGGUGCGCUGGAGUGGGACUCCUGGGACUCACCGGCGGCGGCGAGCUGGAACCAGCUCGCCGCUGGACCUACGACGAUAUCGGCAACUCCGUGGCCAGCACCACCUGAGCCCUCCGUUGCCGUGAGCACGGUGGACUUGUGCGCGGCUUGGGAUGCGGUCAGCCCCGCUCCCGCCGCGCGCGCGCCAUCCCACGUGAAGUGGGUUGCCAUCAACGUGGACACUGGAGCGGGAGGCACGGUUUGGCCGGCUGACGCCGACUACGCUGGCGAGCGCGCUCCUGGAUUAUCGGGCAGGACUUACCGGACUGCCACUGGUGAGCUGGUUGAGGGCCAGGGCAGGUUCAAGAUACGAGGGGUGGAUGCUUGGGGUCAUAAUCUCCAGAUGGUGGGCGAAAAGACUUCCGUCCACAAGCCGCUCCUGAGCGUCGGGGACGUGACGGACAAGGGCCACGCAGUGUGGCUGGACGGCGACGCGGGCUACAUCUUCCAGCGCGGCUCGCCGAUCCUCGACGAGAUGCGGGCCGUCUUCAGCAAGUACUCUUGGGACGGCGUUAUCGAGCUGAACAAGAAGCGAGGUGUCUACAACCUCUACGUGCAGGUGGAGACGGGCACUCCGAACGGCACCAGCGGCGGCGACGACACCAUCGACGUGAGUCCGAACGACAUGGAGGUUGGGGCAGACUACGCGUACGUGGGCCCAGAAGGCUCGCAGGUGACGCUACUGUGUUGCAAAUGCAAGCGCACAGGGUGCCUGGCGGCUACCCAGGUGCCAGCGAAGGGCGUGGAUGCUUACGCGCUCUCCUUCAUCGUUGGUUGGCUACGUAGCUUAGGGUGGAAGCGUCUUAUCAUGAGGUCCGACAAUGAGCGGGCUUUGCUUUCGCUCCUGAGGGCAGCGGCCAUGAACCUGGAGGGCGUGGAGGUGAUAGAGCAGGCGUGCCCAGAAGGGGAUCACGCGGCGAACGGGCUAGCAGAGGUAGCCGUUCGCGAAGUUAAGGCGCAGACGAGUGUCCUGAAGAGCCAUCUUGAGCAGAGGCUGGGCCGGCCACUGGAGUGGACCGAGCCGCUGGCUACGUGGUUGGUCAGGCAUGCGGCGAACUGCUUGUCGCGAUACAGGGUACAGGCAGACGGCAGGACGCCAGAUCAGCGACGCACUGGGCGGCGCUGGAGGCGCCAAGUGGUCGAGUUUGGCGAGAAGGCGAAAUUUAAUCCAGUCGCGGCGCGGCGCGAGGCGCGAGCGGCAGGCGACGUGGAGAGGAUGCUUGAUGGCAUAUUCGUGGGCCAUCAUGAGCGCACAGGCGCUGCGUUGUUCCUGUCAGACCGAGGUCUGUUGAGAGGUACCAGGGUUCAGCGGAAGACGCCGGACCAGCAGUGGGACAACGAGUACAUCAGGAAGUGCCGAGGGACGCCUUGGAAACUUCAAGGAGAAGAGCCAGAGGCGGCGCUGGCGGCAGCACCGGCGGCCGUGGUGGUAGCUCCAGCGGGAGAGCCAGCGCCUCAGCAGCAGAGGCGGCGAUACAUCCUUCGGCAGGACGUGGCGCGGUAUGGGCCGACGCCAGGGUGCCAGGCGUGCAACGAUCUAGCGUCGGGGGCGCAGAGAGUGCAGCAGAGGCACACGGACGAGUGCAGGUCGCGCAUGGACGAGCUUAUGGCGCGAGAUGCUGAUGCUGGAGUGCAGCAUCGCCUGCACCAGGAUAGGCUUCGGCGAGAUUCUAGAGCGCAGGCCGGCGGCAGUGGGGCGCCGGCAGGGGAAGCGGUUAGCCCCGCUCCCGCGCCAGCCGGAGGAGUAGGUGCCAGGGCCGGGGACGCGGUCGGCCCCGCUCCCGCGGCAGCUGCCAGGGACGCGGUCAGCCCCGCUCCCGCGGCAGCCAGAGGUCCGAGCACGGAUGCGGUCAGCGCCGCUCCAGCGCCGGACCACAUCGAUGGGGAUGUUCCCAUGGCCAGCCCGGCUGGUCCGAACGCUCAGGCGGCGGACGCCGCAGACAGCGACAUGAGCGCGAGUAAGUUCACGAGCAAGGCCACCAGCUACGGGUUGAAGCCGAGCUUCUUCAUCGACGUGACGGCCAAGCGCGACGACGACGCCUUCUGGGAUUUAGGAGACGAGGAGGAUCAGAGGAGGCUCGAGGCGAUGCAGGAGGAGCAUCGACCAGAUCUUCUCAUCGGCAGCCCGCCGUGCACGUCUUUCUCCGCAUUGCUCCAACAUUCCAAGACCAAGGAGGAGAUUGAGGAGAUGAGGGAGGAAGGCAGGAAGCACGUGCGCGUGUGCAUUGAGGCGUACAAGCGCCAGCUGCAGAUGGGGAAGCACUUCUUGCAUGAGCAUCCUGCAGGCUCGGCGAGCUGGGACAUGUCAGAGAUGCAGGAGCUGCUCGGCGACAGCCGAGCGUACGUGGUCCAGGGCCCAAUGUGCCGCUGGGGCAUGGUCACGAAGGGCGACUUCGGGAAGCAGGGCUACGUGCGGCAGGAGAUCAAGUGGGCGACGAGCAGCCCGCGACUCGCAGCACUCCUGGCCGGCCGAUGCCCAGGAGAGCACCGGCACGUCCGUCUGCUAGGCAAGCAGAGGGCGGCCGCGGCGGCGGUGUAUCCGCCCAGGCUGGUGAAGGAGGUGUUGCGCGAGUUCAAGAAGCAGGUCGUGGACGACGGGAAGAUGGAUCGGAUCAGCUUGUACUCGGCCGGGCCGACGGCCGACUUCCCGGAGCUGGACACGAGCGAGUGGCAGGAGAACGACUACGACCAGCAGGGCAACCUCCUGGACCCGAUCAAGGUUAAGCAGGGUAAGCAGGAGGAGAUCGACUGGGUGUUGAAGCAGAACCUCUUCGACUACGUGCCCGAGCGCGAGUGCAAGGAGCGGCAAGGCCGCCCGUACUCGCUGAAGUGGGUUCUGAAGAACAAGGGAGACAAGGUCAGGGCACGUCUAGUGGUUCGUGAGAUCAAAAGAGCCAAAACGGAGGAAGAGAAGUUGGAGCCGAGCGAUGUUUUCUCGGCCAUGCCACCGGUCGAGAGCUUGAAGGCAUUGGUGAGUCAUGUGAUGACUGAGCGCUUCGACCAGCGUGGAAGGAGGUUGGCGCUUGCGGUCUUCGACGUUUCUCGAGCUCAUUUCUACGGGACGUGUGAGCGCGACGUCUACGUGCAGCCACCGGCUGAGCUACAUCGCCCAGGCUUUGUGGCCAAGCUCAACAAGACGAUGUACGGCACGCAGGACGCGAGCAACUCCUGGCAGCGGUUGUGGGGAGAACAGCUUCGCAGUAGGGGCUACACGCUGGGAGCUAGCAACCCCGCAUUGUUCCGCUCGGACUUCCUCAAGGGUUUCUGCCACGGAGACGACUUCAUGGUCGCGGCGGCGGAGGACCAGAUCGACAUUUUCGAGAAGACGUUGAGCGAGAAGUUCGAGUUGAGGCGGAUCGGGCUGAUCGGCACGGAGGAGCACCAGGACAAGGAGUUGGAGGUGCUGCACCGGACGGUCAGGGUCGUUGGACCAGACCUCAUGGAGAUCGAAGCCGAUCAACGCCAUGUUCCUCAGCUACUGGAGGAUCUCGGGCUCAAAGGAGCCAACGCGGUUAAGACACCGCGAGUCAAGCUGACGGCGACGGACGCGGAGGACAUCGAGAAGAGCGCCCCGCUCGAGGGCCAGGAGGCGACACGGUUCCGCAGCGGGACUAUGCGCUGCGCCUACCUGUCCCAGGACAGGGUGGACAUUUCGGAGUCCGUCAAAUGCUUGUCCCAGGCCAUGGCGCGGCCUCGAGCGGGCCACAUGGUGCAGCUCAAGAGGUUGGCACGCUACCUGAAGGGCGUGCCGAGGAGAGCGCUGCAGUACGCGGCUCAGGACCCGAUCGGCGCCGACGUGAUCGUCCAUGUCGACAGCGACUGGGCAGGAGACCCGGUCUCGCGCCGUAGCACUACAGGUGUCAUCCUCCGGCGUGGGAAGCACCUGUUGCGCCACAGCAGCACGGUACAGAACGUCAUUGGGCUGAGCAGUGCCGAGAGCGAGUAUUACGCCCUCACGAAGGGUGGAUGCUCAGGCUUGGGGCUUCAGAGCCACCUGGCCGACUGGGGCUUGCAGCUACAGCUGUUGCUGUACACGGACUCGUCGAGCGCGAGGGCCGUGGCCGCGCGCAGAGGUGUGGGUAAGAACACCCGGCACAUCCAGACGCGCAUGCUCUGGCUCCAGGAGCGGGUGGCAGCCAAACAUCUUAGAGUACUGAAGGUUGCGACGGAGAGCAAUCCGGCAGACAUGCUCACGAAGGCGCUGCCGGGAUCGAAGGCCAACGACUUCUGUGAGGCGGUCGGGCAG